AUGUUAGUUUUUGGUCGAACGGACAUCGAUGACGACGACAUUAUAUUGCCUUUACGACAAUGCUGUGUUAUUCGGCCGUCAACCCUCAACACCUUGUUACGAUUUUAUGCUGAGCCACAGUCCCUCACGAGGACCCUCCACGCGUCGUUAUCGAAGGAUCCAGUUGCGCCGAUUCUGGCAUACAAGCACUAUGUUGCCAUAGAGAGACGAUUAGGCAAAUUGAUGUCCUUCCUGUUGGAAUGUUUCAAGCAGAAACCAUUCGAACGAAUUGUGCUCACCGAAUAUCAUAACAAAAAAGUGGCUGAAGGAAAUGUCGAAGAAGAGGAGAAAAGCGAAGAAGACACUGGUGACAGGAAGGAAGAGAAAAGAACUCAAUAG